UAGUCCGAGUGGAGCAAACGAGCUGAGUGGUUGAGUAGUCGAGUCCCGGAGACCGGUAGCGCUUGCAGCAUGGCUGACCAGCUGACUGAAGAGCAGAUUGCAGAAUUCAAAGAAGCUUUUUCACUAUUUGACAAGGAUGGUGAUGGAACUAUAACAACAAAGGAGUUGGGAACUGUAAUGAGGUCUCUUGGGCAGAAUCCCACAGAAGCAGAGUUACAGGACAUGAUUAAUGAGGUGGAUGCUGAUGGUAACGGCACAAUUGACUUCCCGGAAUUUCUGACAAUGAUGGCAAGAAAAAUGAAAGACACAGACAGUGAAGAAGAAAUUAGAGAAGCAUUCCUUGUGUUUGAUAAGGAUGGUAAUGGCUAUAUUAGUGCAGCAGAGCUCCGCCAUGUGAUGACAAACCUUGGAGAGAAGUUAACAGAUGAAGAGGUUGAUGAAAUCAUCAGGGAAGCAGAUAUUGAUGGUGAUGAUCAAGUAAACUAUGAAGAGUUUGUACAAAUGAUGACAGCAAAGUGAAGACAUUGUACAGAACGUGUUAAAUUUCUUGUACAAAAUUGUUUAUUUGACUUUUCUUUGU